AUGGCCUCACUGAGAAGAAAUAUCAUGCUGUUUCUGGUCUCGAUCUUCCUUGUGACAGCCUGUGUGUUGGCCUCUGGGGUUGCACUGUAUGUAACUUGCUACAACCUUCUCAUAGCAGACUUCCCUGCUGCAAUCGGUCACCCCGUGAAACUGCGAGUCUUAUAUUGCCUUUUCCUGCUGUUGCAGACAUGGGGGAAGAUUUUUGAGACACUGAGAAUCUGCUCUAUGCCCAGAUUUGUCCGUUUCAUGCAUGAUCUGAUGCCUCUAAAGACGGACCCAGAUGUCUUGGUCACAGACCUCCGCUUCGGGACGAUCUCUCUGAAGCUGUACCAGCCGAAAGCAUCCUCCUUGACCCUCAAGCCUGGUGUUGUGUUCUACCAUGGCGGUGGGAUGGUCUUUGGGAGCUUGAAAACCCAUCAUGGCAUAUGCACUCGUUUGUGCAAGGAGAGUGACUCGGUGGUUCUAGCUGUUGGAUACCGCAUGCUCCCUGACCAUAAGUUUCCAGUGUUGAAAACAGACUGCUUUGCUGCCACGAUCUACUUCCUGAAAUCUCUAAAGGCCUAUGGGGUGGAUCCCACCCGGGUUGUGGUCUGUGGUGACAGUGUGGGAGGUGGAAUUGCAGCUCUGGCUUGUCAAGAACUCAGGAGGAGGGUGGAUCUCCCUAAGAUCCGUGCUCAGAUUCUGGUCUACACUUUUCUGCAAGGCCUGGACUUUCAACUCCCUUCCUAUCAGCAGAACAAGAACGUGCCCUUGCUCACUCGGCAAUUUGCCUUCUACUGCUGGAGUCAUUACCUGGAUAUCAGCCCCUCCUGGGAAAGCACGAUCUUGAAGGGUGCCCAUUUGCCUGUCAAAAUCUGGGAAAAGUAUCGUAAGUGGUUGGGCCCAGAAAACAUCCCAGAGAGAUUUAAGCAACGAGGUUACCAGCAGAUGUCCUGUGUGCCUGUGAAUGAAGCUGCCUACUUGGAAUCAAGCCUAGUUCUGGAUAUGGUGCCCUCGCCCCUGAUUGCAGAAGAUGACGUUGUAGCCCAGGUCCCGGAAGCUUGCAUUGUGACCUGUGAGUAUGAUCUUCUGCGGGAUGACUCACUGUUGUACAAGAAGAGGCUGGAGGAUCUGGGUGUGCCAGUGACUUGGCACCACAUGGAAGAUGGCUUUCAUGGCGUGCUCAACACUAUUGACAUGGGAUUCUUGUACUUCCCUUGCUCCACAAGGAUUCUGAAUGUGAUGGCCAACUUUAUAAAGGGCUUAUGA